ACGGAAUAUCAGGCUUGUUGGCCCAAUAGGAUCGUCUUCUUCGACGACUACGGACCCAAAAAGCCCACACUCCAAACAGAAAGAAAACUCGCUCUGGAACCGAGUCAAGAAACGAGAUGGCCGAGUUUCCGUGUCAACCCGAGUCAACCAAUCGCCGUCUUCAGUCGAUUCUCGAUCUGCUCUCAUCGGCCGGUUACGCCGACGCCCACAAACCCGAUAUAACAGCUCCGGAAAAACUCGCCGGAGGGCUCGCUUGGUGCGUUGCGGCUCUCAACUCUCCCAAUUCCCAAAUUGACGUUGUCGUUUCCAGCGAAACCCUACCACACGAGGACAACAAGAAGGAAAUCGAAGAGGCUCUGAGGUCGUUGAAAUGCCCGCACUCUCUUGAAGCCUCCCAAAUUCGAAACCUUGAUUGCGAGAGCAUAUUUCCUGUUGUGCAAUGGCUUCUUGAACGUGUCCGAGACGGCAAAGAUGAGAAUCAGAGGAAGGUCGGUGUUGUGAGCCAAUUGCAGCAGCUGCGAGAGCGAAUUUCCAUGGAAGGUGCUGAGACUAAAGUGCAAAAGUUUGCAUCACUUAUGCAAUCACUGAAGGACAUGGAAAAGAAAGAAUCAGAGUUCCUAUCUUAUUCCGGUGCAAAACGUUAUCAGUUGGAAGCUGAAGUUAUUUAUUUGAAGGAGAAAAUAGCAGGUGGUUGUGAUAGCAAGAGUCUGUCAGAUGGAUUAGAUCGCUCGUUAAGUGAAUCAGCGGAAGAAUUAAAUUCAGCUAGGAAGGAACUUGCUGCGACACUAAGGGCGAUACUGGCAGUAAAACGCCAGCUUGAUGAUGUGCCAUCCCAAUCAGAACUUAUCCAAUAUGAACGGAGGUUAUCGGACCUAUAUGGUCAUAUUCAGGGAAAACAUCAACAAACUCAGAAGCACUACGAUACCUACAAUGCGCUCUUGGAGAUAAAGGAAUUGAUGCUAAAGGAAACAUCCUUGUUGAAUUCGAUAAGUUCACAGUUUCAAAAUGCCAUUACAAGCACUGCCGGUCGUAUGAAACUCAUUGAUUCCAUGGAGGGAAUUGUGAAGGGCAGUCAACAGAAACUUCAAAAGGUGCGACUUGGCCUUGAGGAGCAGGAAAAGAUACGUGACGCUCUGAAAGAAAGGUACACUGCAGCAAUUGCAGCACAAAGACAAUGGUAUUCUCUGUUGAAAGCUUUUCAGGAAGCAUGUGCAAAGAAUGAAAGACUUCGGAGCUCGACUUCUGUUUAGAAACAUCUCUGCCAAAAGGCCAUGUUGGUAGGCAAAACAACAAAACAACAUCGUGCGAGCACUAAUAGAUUGCUUUUAUGGUGAUCAACCAAUGGAUGGACAUAGAGAUGGUUGUAAAUUGAUGAUGAUAAUUAUAUUGUUAGUGCAAAAAAUGAUUCUUGUUCUUUUUAAUAUAAAAUUCACCCUGUACAGAUUCUUGCAUAUAUGGUUUGUCGCUUGUGAAAGUUGCAUCCAUGAUUUUGUUGAUAAGGAUUGAAUAUUAAAAGGCAAAAAACUUACUCAAGCAAAUUUUGGCUGGUCUGUU